UUUUAUGUGAUAAUGGUAGCACUGUAAAAGACAAAUCAAGACGAUCUCAUAGUUGGCCGCUUCUUCAUUUGGGUGUUGUUUCUUCUUUCUGCCCGUCUUCGAGCGAGAUGAGUAGCAACAUACCUGAUAUGACAGACUCAUAUGAGUCUCGAUGUGCAAAUUGGUCAGAUCGUGAGGUUAUUAGUUUUCUUGAGGUGUGUACAAAGGAGUCAUUGGAAACACAUCGCAAAAACCAAACAUUUAGUAGUGAGGGCUGGAAAGUAAUUGAAAAAGAAAUGUCCAAACUGAGGAUGCCAUACUAUGUCAAACAACUCCAGAACAAAUUGAACCUAUUGGCUCGCCAAUAUACUACAUGGGACAAGUUAGUUCGCAAGGAGACUGGUAUAGGCUGGAAUCCGGAAACAAACACUUUUGCGGCCGAUGAGGAAUGGUGGGCUUGAAAGGCAAUG